AUGGUGAUUAAAGGUGUCCUUGAGUGUAUAGUCAUUCUGAUUAUUUGUUCCAUCAUUCGAGCAGAGUAUGCAGAUUAUGAUGUCCGACUCAGUGGCGACGAUGGCAACUAUGGAAGAGUAGAGAUAUACCUGAAUGGAACAUGGGGAAGGGUGUGCAAUGAUGAAUGGGAUAUUGAAGAUGCAAGAGUUGUAUGUAAACAACUAGGAUUUGAUCAGAAACACUCAUAUGUUCCUUAUAAUAGAGGAACUCCGGGAAGAAAUCACGCACAGUAUGGAAAGGGACGUGGUGCGUAUGUUAUGAGCAAAGUAGAGUGUACUGGAUCAGAAAUUCAUCUCUCUGAGUGUAAGCAUCAGAUACAGGGGGAGAAAACAAGUAAAAGGUGUAAAUUAAAGGCGCCGCAUGAUGCCAUUGUCACAUGCAAGACCAUUGUCAGACUCGCAGGAAAGAAACGUACGAAAACAUCAGGGAGACUAGAAAUCUAUAAGAACUCUAAAUGGAGACCUGUAUGUUACUCUUCAGUCAUUGGUCCAAAGAUUGCGGAAAAGCUAUGCGCCACAUUAGGAAUCGUUGGUGUGAAUCCUAUUACUUUUCGAGGUGAACAUUUCGGACGAGCAAGAAAGGUAAAACCGUGGUGGUUGUCGCUGCCCUGUGAGUAUGGGAAAUGUGGCAUUGAAAGAGAGGUUCAGAGUUGUGACAUCAACAAAUAUGCAAACAUUGAGUGCUCAAAUCAUGAUAGGUGGCCUAAAGAGACUACAAGAAUAAAGCUUGGGAAUAAGAACUAUGGAGAAGUGAAUGUACAAGUUGGAGAUGAUUGGCUACCAGUUUGUAACAGACACUGGAAUGAGGGUGCAUCAAGAGUAGUUUGUAAACAACAAAGAUAUGACCCUGACUCAGGGCGUAAUUCUGGCACUUCCUUAACUGGAGUUGAUAAUGGCAAUGUGAUAGUUACUGAUAUGACAUGCACUGGGGAUGAAGAAAAUCUAAGUGGAUGUUCAUUCUCAAAAUGGAAAAUCACACAUCUUAGUAAAGUAGCUGAUGAAUGCAAUGCAUCAUCAGAUGGCGUACAAGUGUCGUGUUUAGGUGAUACAAUAAAGGCACGUUUGGUUGGUGGCCCAGACGAAAAAUCAGGCCGUGUUGAAAUAUGGUAUAAAAAUGAAUGGAGAAAAGCCUGUGAUUCGAAAACAUCUCUCAGAUAUUAUUAUUGGGUCAGUAGUGUGUGCAAGGACGUGAAUGGAACAUUGCAAUACGGAAGACACCAUCGAAACAGAGGACAAUUUGGAAGAAGUACAUCUCAAACAGGUGUUAGACUACGUUGUAUUGGGGCAAAAGAUCUCCAGUCGUGCAGAAUAGAAGAAAUGACAUGCGCAGAGGAUACACAUUUUGAUUUAGCCGUGUCGUGUUUUGAUCAUGAACCAGGUUUACACGAAUAUGUCAUGCCCGCCCUAUUUGGUUAUGAACCUCGUGAUAAGAAUGAUUUUGAGGGUGGCAUUGUGAGACUGAAUAAAGAGUACUGGAAUGAUGGAGAAACCUAUACAAUUUGCGGUGAUAACUGGAGCAUAAAUGAAGCCAAAGUAGUCUGCCGGCAGAUGGGAUAUGACACGACUGAUGCUGCAGCCGAUCAGUUCUCAUUCCUGGACUGCUAUGACGGUGAUAAGGUGGUAAUGAGCGAUGUCAGUUGUACAGGGGAGGAAGCCAGUCUGUCGGAAUGUAGCUUCAGCCAAGGGGAGAAUAUCACGUGCUCAGAUGGUUCAAGGGCUAGUGUGUAUUGUGAAAAGAUACCUUUAAAGCUAACAAUAAAUGGUCAAGAUUCUAACAUGGCUGGCGAAGUAACACUUAUCAGUAGUUUGGCUACUGCGUUCACUCCACAUCCGAUAUGUUCAACUGGAUGGGAUGAUAGAGAAGCUAAAGUUGUAUGUCGCCAACUCGGUUACCCUUACGCAAAUGCAUCUGUUUACAUGGCAGAGUAUAAUGCAAGUAACUAUGAUGGAAACGGACCUUUUUUAACGAAGUUAGGAUGCAACGGAAGUGAAACCCACCUUGGACAGUGCCAAUUCGAGGAGAGCUUUUCCGUUCAUUCUCACGGGCAUCUAUAUGACUUUUUAGAUUACUGUACCGAAUAUGAAUUCUUUGUGAAUAUGGUAGAUCACAUGAUAGAAUACAAGGAUUGUGAAGGAGGACAAAUUGCUGGGGUGAUUUGCCAAUGACUAAACACAGUUUCGAAUACAAUGGACAAAUAAAUAUAGUUAAACGUGUACAUUGGAACACCUCUCAAUUUGAACGCAUUUUCGGUCACUCAUUUUAAACUGACAUAUUUUUUCAUGUUUCAAAAGCCUUGAAAUCUGAUCCCUUACAUAUACGUAUCUCGUAGUAUUUCUUUACAUUUGAAUUUAUGAAGUUAUAGCAAU